UACUGUCCCCUCACAUCACCCCCACCCUGUUGUCAUCUACCUCCACCCCACCUAACGCAGCUCUGUGUCCCUCUGUUCUUCUCACCGGAAGGAGCUCGGCUCCCACAGAACCAGGUGCGGCAGCAUGUUCCUCGCCGCCCGAGUUUCCCUACCACGGCGAGCCCCCUCAUCCUCCGGUGCUGGGCGAGGACAGUCGGUGGGGAGCGAGGCUAGCCGGUGGGGAUCCGAACCACAGGAAGAGGUUUUUGUUCUCGACAUGUUAGAGCUGGGUGUACUAAACAAGCCCCAAGGAGUAACACCAAGAAUAGGCUUGUAUGACUAUGAGUCGAUGAAAAAGAUGCUCGAGCAAAUCGCGGUUAACUUCCCCGGUGGAGAAGUCACUUUCAACAGUGGCAAGGUUACGAGUGGUACGUCUGCGGGAGGGGGGAUCGAGGCACAUGGAAACGAUCCGGCAAAAGAAAAAAUCGCUAAGCCAGCUAUAGCCCCAAAAAGAGCAAGCACUCCAUGCUCACCAAUGCUACGAUCUACUUACACCAAGAAUGGCCCGCAGGAAUUUCCAAAUUAUAUAUGCUCGCGGUACCCUAGCAUAUCAGCACAGAAGCUUGGCAUACUUCUCCGGCAACAAAAUGCACGCGGCCUAGCAAACAUAUCGGAAAUGCGGCAAGCGUUCCAAUCAAACAUGUUCACCUUGACUGACAAGCUAAUGGCGUGCCUCGGAGAAAUGUGUACAUGCUGUAAGGCACGUGGAUGGAAAAGUGUAUCCUGAAGUGUGAAGACACAACCAUCCAUGCCCCGCCUCCUGAUACGUCUUCAACGUAUCUAUAAUUUUUGAUUGCUCCAUGCUAUAUUAUCUACAGUUUUGGACUAUAUUGGGCUUUAUUUUCCACUUUUAUAUUAUUUUUGGGACUAACCUAUUAACCGGAG